UUUUAGAUUUUUUUACAAGUUUACCAUUAAAGCAAACAUUAAUCUCUUACGGACAUCGCUUCACCGUGUAUUGGUCCCGAGGAUCUCUAACGUGAUAAUGGCGGAUAAGUUUUCUCGAAUACCUGAGCUCGCUAAAACGUCUCGAUACGAGAUUCGACUCGCACCAUGUUUGGAAACAUUUAAACUUAAAGGCUCAGAGAAAAUACAUUUGGAUAUUUUGAAACCAACAAAUUAUUUGAAGCUUUACUCGAAAGGAAUUGAAAUCGAAAAUGCUUCUUUGAAAUUAGCUGAUGGAACGGUUAUUAAAGAGAUUAAAAACGAACUUGAUUGUAAAUGGGAAUUAUUGACAGUUAAUUUUCCGAGUGAGCUACCGCCUCAGAGAAUUGAACUAAAUUUUGAUUUCAACGGCGAAAUUUCCAGUGAAUUAUCGGGUUUUUAUAGGUAAAUUCUUUAUUAUAAUCUUUGAUGGCUCAAUCUUUGGUUGUUCUUUAAUUUUGUAAUGUUCGUGUCGUGGAAAAAUGGGCUGGAUAGGUGAUGGAAUAGAACCAUCAUAGAGUGGGCUCUUACCGAAGCACAGCCGACUGUGUUAACAACAUUAUGAAGGAAAA